AUGAUCUCAGCUACAAAAUGGGUGCCCCGAGGGUACGCGACGGAAUUCCCCGUUAAAUACACCAUGGACGAUGAAGAGCUCGAGCGUCUGUCCGAACUGGCCAAGCUCAAGAUCGAGGAAGCAAAGAACGAGAUGGAGGACAUUGAGGAUGCCACCGAGGAGGACGUGGAGGCUCUCGAGGAGAAGGCCAAGCUGGACGAGGAGAUUGACAACGAUCCCGACCUCAAGGAGUUUGGUUUCGACACAUAUGACGAUGAGCCCGACUCGAAAUUGGGUCUUGAGGGUGACGGUAUGGACACCGAUGAUGAUGAGGAUGAGGAUGAGGAUGAGAACAACGAGGACGAGGAGGGUGGAGAGCUCAAUCUCGGCUCUAAGCAUAAGGUCGAGGGCAAGGACGGCGAAGACCCAUACAUUUCGCUGCCCACUCAGCAGGACUUGGAUGAGGAGCGAGAGGAGCUUCAGAUUCUGCCCACAGACAACCUGAUCCUGGCCACCAAGACUGAGGAUGAGAUUUCGCAUCUGGAGGUGUAUGUUUACGAUCCCGAGGAGGCCAAUCUUUAUGUUCACCACGACAUUAUGCUGCCUUCUUUCCCUCUGUGCGUGGAGUGGGUCAACUACAACCCCCGAGAACAGGGACCCGGCAAUUUUGCUGCCAUUGGAACUUUCGAGCCUGAAAUCGAAAUCUGGAACCUCGAUGUUGUCGACGGAGUCUACCCCGAGGUGAUCCUUGGAGAGCGAGACGAGAAGGACAAGAAGAAGAAGGGAAAGAAGACUAACAAGAUCAACGCUGAGCGACACACCGACGCCGUCCUGUCUUUGUCUUCCAACCCCCACCACGUCAACCUGCUGUGUUCUGGAUCCGCCGACACCACUGUGAAGCUGUGGGACCUAUCCAACGGCAAGGCUGCCUCUUCUUUCACUUUCCACUCCGACAAGGUCUCUGCUGUCCAGUGGAACCCCGUCGAAGGCACCGUUCUUCUGUCUGGAGGCUACGACAAGAAGGCAAUUGUUUCCGAUCUGCGAUCCGAGGACAAAAAGGUGUGGAAGGUCGACUCCGAUGUCGAGUCCAUGAACUGGAAGCCCUGUGGAACCCAGUUCCUGGUCGGUACCGACUCCGGAAUGCUCUACAACUUUGACGUGCGAAAUGAGUCCAAGCCUCUGUGGACUCUGCAGGCUCACGACUCUCCCCUGUCUGCUUUUGACUACAACAAGUACAUUGAUGGAGCUAUUGUCACCUCCUCUGCUUCUACCCGAGAGGUCAAGAUCUGGCGAGAAACCAACAAGGACGACAAGUACUCUCUUUCCAUGGUGGCCAACCGAGACCUCUCUUGCGGUAAGGUCUUCUCUGUGGGUUUCAACCCCGACCAGGCCUGCGCCGGUACUCUUUGUGCCGGUGGCCAUGGAGGUGAGCUCAAGGUGUGGGACAUGUUCGGAACCAAGGCCGUUCGAGAAGCAUUCGACAUCAAGAGCAGUAACCACUCUAACGACGUUAUUGGUCAGGCUUUUGAUGACGAGGAGGAGGAUGAGUAA